AUGGAUGAAACCCUUGCACGGGAUUGGAAUUGGUCACAACGCUUUCCCAUGCAGCCGGAGGUUCUCGAAUAUUUCGAAUAUGUCGAUUCAAAGCUUGACAUCAGCAAGGAUUAUGACUUUGGAACCACAGUCACCCAGGCAGUGUUUGAUGAGACAAACGCGGCGUGGAAUGUAUCACUGUCUGAUGGUAGACUGCUCCUGGCAAGAUGGCUCGUCCUUGGAGUUGGGUUCUCAUCAAAGACCCGUGUACCUAAUAUCGAAGGACUGCAGCUGUUCGAAGGCGAAAUCCAUCAUACUGGAGCUUGGCCCGAGUCCGGGGGUGAUGUAAAGGGCAAGAAAGUGGCCAUCGUUGGGACAGGGACUUCGGCUGCCCAAACUAUUCGGGAGAUUGGUCCCUCUGUUGCAUCUCUGACUGUAUAUCAGAGAGAUCCAGCUAUUGCCCUUCCUCUCCUGCCUAACGACUCUGUGGACCCAGAUCCUUCUUUACCUCAGCGAGGAGAGGGAAACGGUCUUUUUGCUGCGAAAGCGCUCUCCACAUUCACUGGGAUUAAUCAUGCCUUUCUCAAUCCCAAUGCAGUUCCUGCAGAUAGUCCCACACGACAGGCCUACUACAAUUAUCUCUAUGAAAAAGGAGACUGGAGCUUGCUUUACUCCAACUUUGAGGAUAUGUGGACAAAUGAAUCGGUCAGCAAUGACGUUUAUUCCGUCUGGGCAAAACGAACUCGAGAGAGAAUUGAGGAUGCAGCCAAAUGUGAUCUCCUUGUUCCGGAAACACCAAAUCAUCCCAUCGGCACUAAGAGAGUGUGUCUCAUCGACAACUACUAUGAGACGUUCAACCGGCCGAAUGUCAGCCUAGUGGACAUCGUCAAAGAACCCCUGAGAGAAAUCACCAAAACCGGAAUUCGAAGCGGGGAGGAACAUCACGACUAUGAUAUGAUCAUUUUUGCAACUGGUUUUCAACCCCUUGCAAGUGGUAUCCUCGCAAUGAAUAUCACUGGUAGAAGCGGCAUGAGACUGGAGGAUUCGUGGAACAAGUCGAGCAACUCCUAUUUAGGAAUGACUGUCCCUGGAUUCCCCAACAUGCUCUACCUUAAUGGACCUGGUUCCCCAACCGUUGGAGUGAAUGCCCCUACGGUCAUCGAACACCAAACUCAGUGGAUGAUGACAUUACUGAACUUCCUACGGAAGUCCUACAUCUCAACUUUCGAGGCAACUGACGCCGCUGCUCAAGGGUGGCGCAAAGAACUCAUAAAGCAAUGGGAUGCAUCAUUGUUCUCGUCGGCUAUUAUAAUGCAGAAUAACAAUCAUGCUUCUCGUGGCAAGGAACCUACCUGGUAA